UUCCGAUCGCUUCUCUUUCUAGUAUGAUUAUUCUCUUUUCUUGUCUCGAGUCUCAACUCUUACAGACCCAGCAACUAGCUUUCUCCCUCUAGCUACACUUGGACCUCUGAAGCCAUCACUUUUCUUCUGCUUCUUCCCCUUUUCUCAGAUUUAAUCCAAUCAGGACAUUUGAGAAUUGAAGAGGUUUAAGAUUGGGCUUUGUUGAUUGGUUUUUUAUAAAUUUGGGUGAGGUUGUGAGAAUGUUGUUGAGCGAUGAAGUGUAGGUUUGAGAAAUGGGGUGUGUAUUUGGUCGUGAGGUGUCGUCUGGGGUAGUAAGCGAGUCUUCCAAGGAUGAAAGGAGGGAGACGGCGGGUUAUGAGAGAAAGAGUAAGGGUGUGAGUGUUGAGCCGAAUGACAGGUUGGAGGUUGUGGUCGAUACAGUCAAGGUAGAUAAUGAGAAUAAUACUGUUGGUGUCAGUAAUUCCGCUUUGGAAACUAGGGAGGUUAAGGUGGAGGGGGAGGUAAAACCAAAGGGUGAGAGGAGAAGGUCAAAGCCGAAUCCGAGGUUGGGUAAUCCCCCUAAGCAUAAAUAUGGGGAACAGGUUGCUGCUGGAUGGCCAUCUUGGUUAUCUGCUCAUGUUGGAGAAGCAAUCGAUGGUUGGCUUCCUCGACGUGCUGAUAGUUUUGAAAAGAUUGAUAAGAUUGGAUCAGGAACAUAUAGCAAUGUGUACAAAGCAAGAGAUACUAUAACUGGAAAAAUUGUAGCUCUUAAAAAGGUUCGAUUUGAUAACUUAGAACCAGAGAGCGUGAGAUUCAUGGCUAGAGAGAUUAUCAUCUUGCGGCGACUGGAUCAUCCCAAUGUUAUAAAAUUGGAGGGCCUGGUCACUUCAAGAAUGUCUUGUAGUUUAUACCUAGUUUUCGAAUACAUGGAGCAUGACUUGGCUGGACUUGCUGCAAGUCCUGAGAUUAAGUUCACUGAACCACAGGUUAAAUGCUACAUGAAACAGUUAUUGUCCGGACUGGAGCAUUGUCACAAACGCUAUGUGCUUCAUCGAGACAUUAAAGGAUCAAACCUUCUUCUCGACAAUUCUGGAAUAUUGAGAAUAGCAGAUUUUGGAUUGGCUACCAUUUAUGAUCCUAACCAUAAGCACCCAAUGACUAGCCGUGUUGUUACACUUUGGUAUCGACCUCCAGAGCUUCUUCUUGGUGCUACUGAUUACGGUGUGGGUAUUGAUUUGUGGAGUGCUGGAUGCAUUUUGGCUGAGUUAUUGGCUGGCAAACCCAUUAUGCCAGGUCGUACGGAGGUAGAACAACUGCAUAAGAUAUACAAGCUUUGUGGAUCGCCUUCAGAUGAGUAUUGGAAGAAGUGUAAACUACCUAAUGCAACAUUAUUCAAGCCACGAGAGCCUUACAGGAGAUGCAUUAGGGAGACUUUUAAGGAUUUUCCAUCAUCAGCUCUGCCGCUGAUUGAUACCCUCCUUGCAAUUGACCCAGCAGAUAGGAAGACUGCAACAGAUGCACUAAAGAGUGAAUUCUUUACUACGGAACCAUUUGCUUGUGAUCCUGCCAGUCUUCCUCAGUAUCCUCCAAGCAAGGAGAUGGAUGCCAAGCGACGGGAUGAUGAAGCUCGAAGACAAAGAGCUGCUACUAAAGCCCAGGGUGAUGGUGCCAGGAGAAACCGAACUCGUGCUGUCCGGGCAAUUCCUGCUCCUGAUGCCAAUGCUGAACUUCAAUCUAAUGUUGACCGGCGGCGUCUAAUCUCCCAUGCGAAUGCAAAGAGUAAGAGUGAGAAGUUUCCUCCACCACACCAGGAUGGAGCACUUGGUGUUCCACUGGGGGCUUCACAUCACAUUGAUCCAUCUCUCGUUCCUCCUGAUGUGCCCUUUAGUUCCACGUCCUUCACAUAUUCAAAAGAACCUGUCCAAAAUUGGUCAGGUCCGCUAGUAGACCCUGCUAAUGGUGGCGCAGGGAGACGUAAGAAGAAUGCUGCAAAUGAUGCACGGGAAGCGAGGAAAACAGGAAAGAAAGAUAGAAAAUAGCAAUUUUGAGGGUGUAACAUAUAAGGGAAUAUUGGUUUAAAAAAUUUUCAGGCUACACAGGGAAUCAGGGCUGGCCAUGGGAGUCUUGGAUCUAUUUAUGCAGCUACACAUUUCGUUCAAAUGAGUUUGUUCAAGUGGUUUUAGAGUGGACUUAUCCUAUUCUUUUUCCAAAAUAGAUACUCCUUUCUUCUUCUGCUAGAUUUGUUUUGGGGGCUAUUAGCUUCCUUGUUACUGUGUAUAUGUUCUUUUCCUUUGGUCGGUUCCCGAUUUUGAGAUGUUUAUGAUGUUUAUUUAGUGAAAUUCUUGAAUGAAAUACUUCACCGUUUUCCUA